GCACAGCCUCAGAGAUUCAAGAGAAUUACAACAGGAGGAGCAAAGCCUUCAGGCAGUCACGGAGCAGUUAGCCGUCAUGGCAAGCUCUGAACCUGCUCUGGAGCAGAUCCUCAGGACUCUGGACGAGUUAACGUCUGCAGAACUGAAGCGGUUCAGGACUUUCCUGUCUGAGAAGACCAUGGAGGGAUAUGGGCCCAUUUCCAAAGGACAACUGGAGAACAGCGAUCCUACUGAUGUUGCCUCUAAGAUGAAAGCAGCAUAUGGAGAUGCAGGCGCAGUGAGAAUGACUCUGACCAUCCUGAGGAAGAUGAACCAGAAUAACCUUGCAAACAAACUAGAGAAGGCCGCACCUGCUGCUGACUCAGGAGAUGUGUCUGCACCUGUAAAGGAUCUCAAACCAGGGCGGGCUUUUUUCUCCAAGCACAAGGGGGCGCUGGAGACUCGCCUUCCCACUGUCCUCUCCACCAUCCUGAUUCAGCUCGAGCACAGGGAGGUUCUCAGUAACCAGGAGCGGGAGAUGGUGGAGAGCAAACCUACCUCCUCGGAAAAGAACCAUGCUCUGCUGACCAUCGUGCAGAAUAAAGGCGGCGGAGCCCAACAUGUGUUCUAUGAGGUUCUAAAGAAAGCCGACAAAUGGCUGGUAGAGGACCUCGAGAGUUCGUCUUAGUCUGGUGUGCUGGAAUGAUGUCAAUUUUGAUUUGAUUGAUCUUAAUUUUGGGGGCCCCCGCCAGGUAGGUGGGGCCCGUCAUGCUCUGCAUAUUCUGCGUAUGGGAGCAGCGGCCCUGUAUAUAAAUGCUGACAUGAAAUGAAAUAAAGACUUCAUCUAGCUGGACAAUCUGAUGUGAGCAGUUAUUGCGUCUGUGCAUGCCUUUGCUUACUACACACAGUGAAUAUGGACAGAGAACUAACAAGACUCCUUAGAACUACACAGUGAAUAUGGACAGAGAACUAACAAGACUCCUUAGAACUACACAGUGAAUAUGGACAGAGAACUAACAAGACUCCUUAGAACUACACAGUGAAUAUGGACAGAGAACUAACAAGACUCCUUAGGACUACACAGUGAAUAUGGACAGAGAACUAACAAGACUCCUUAGAACUACACAGUGAAUAUGGACAGAGAACUAACAAGACUCCUUAGAGUCUUAGAAUCCGGGCUGGUCUACUAGACAAAGGAAAAGAACAGAGAACAUUUGGAUCAAUAAAUUGGCUACAAAGGCACCUCUUGGUCUUAAUGAAAAGUAAAGAUUUUAACAACAAACUGUUCCUGACUAAUAAAGUCUAUUUGGGUUUGGUGUUUUGCUCCUCUUUUUAGUCUCACUUCUUUUUAGGUCUUAUUUCCUUUCUUCUCCUAUGGUCUUUUAUUGUCUUAAAUUGUUUUUUUCUCUUAACCUGGUAUGGUUAUU